UUCGCCCCGCCUCUCGGCCCGCGGCUUGGCGGGCGAGCAGGGCUGCAGUCCCGAGGCGGCGCGGAGGGCCCCCGCCUGGUCAGGGGUGUGGCCGCCGCCAACGUAAGACUAGGCCGCGAGCCCGGUCCUGGGCACCGCCUCCGUCGCCGCCGUCAGAGCCGCCCCAUCAGAUUAUCAUAACAAGAACACAAACUGGAAAAAAAUGAAGUUCCUUAUCUUCGCAUAUUUUGGUGUUGUUCAUCUUUUAUCCCUGUGCUCUGGCAAACCUAUAUAUAAGAAUGACGUCUCUAAGAGGACUUUUCAAGAAGUGAAAGAAGAAAUAGCUAGCUAUGGAGAUAUUGCUAAAGCAAUCAUCAACCUUGCUGUUUAUGGUAAAGCCCAGAACAGAUCCUAUGAGCGAUUGGCUCUUCUGGUUGAUACUGUUGGACCCAGACUGAGUGGCUCCAAGAACCUAGAAAAAGCCAUCCAAAUUAUGUACCAAAACCUACAGCGAGAUGGGCUGGAUAAUGUUCACCUGGAGCCAGUGAGAAUACCCCACUGGGAGAGGGGAGAAGAAUCUGCUGUGAUGCUGGAGCCAAGAACUCAUAAGAUAGCCAUGCUGGGUCUUGGCAGCAGCAUUGGGACUCCUCCAGAAGGCAUUACAGCAGAAGUUCUGGUGGUGACCUCUUUCGAUGAACUGCAGAGAAGGGCCUCAGAAGCAAGAGGGAAGAUUGUUGUUUAUAACCAACCUUAUAUCAACUACUCGAAGACGGUGCAAUACCGAACACAGGGGGCGGUGGAAGCUGCCAAGGUGGGGGCUUUGGCAUCUCUCAUUCGAUCUGUGGCCUCCUUCUCCAUCUACAGUCCUCACACAGGUAUUCAGGAAUACCAGGACGGUGUGCCCAAGAUUCCAACAGCCUGUAUUACGGUGGAAGAUGCAGAAAUGAUGUCAAGAAUGGCUGCUAAUGGGAUCAAAAUUGUCAUUCAGCUAAAGAUGGCGGCAAAGACCUACCCAGAUACUGAUUCCUUCAACACUGUAGCAGAGAUCACUGGGAGCAAAUAUCCAGAACAGGUUGUACUGGUCAGUGGACAUCUGGACAGCUGGGAUGUUGGACAGGGUGCCAUGGAUGAUGGUGGUGGAGCCUUUAUAUCAUGGGAAGCACUCUCGCUUAUUAAAGAUCUUGGUAAAUAUUUAGAAAAUUGUUAACUAACAUGUGAGGAUUUCAGUAGUGACAUGUUUAACUCAAAACACAAAAUACUUGACAGAUUAGUUACUAUGAUAUGUUCAAAGGUCCUCUUGAGGUCAGUUGAUUCCCAGAAAAGAAAUAACUUAUUCUCUUAAAGAAAUUUGUAUUCUUGUGUACUCCAUACAUCUGAAGUGUCAAAUGUUAUUAGCCACUGGGGGAAAUGAACAAGCAAAUAAAACUGAAGCAAAUGUAACCAUACCAACUGAAGAAUAUGCAAGGAAAAUAUGACCAAAUGCAAAGAAAAAUCAGCAGCACCUCCUACUUCCUUUCCCUUAUUUAUUAUCAGAGAUUAUCAGGCUAUUAGAACAAUGGAUAAAGGCCGGUCGUCUUUCCAAGAUAGAAACAAAAGAGUAAUCUAGGAUAGAAAGAAUGAUUUCUAUAGCCACAAUAAGGAAUCUAGGCUGAAAGAUUGACCAGAUAAUUCUUUGUUGCAAGGUCUGUCCCACACAUGAUAGGAUAUUUUGCAGCAUCCCUGACCUCUUCCCACUGGAAGCCAGUAGCACCCUCCCUUAAUCUCAAGUUAUGAUAACCAAAAAUGUCUCCAGACAUUGCCAGGUGUCCCCUGAAGGACCAGGGGAAGCAGGAGCCCCAGUUUGAGAACCACUAAAAUAAGCUAAUAAAAAUAUCUAGGUAACGUGAAUACAGGGUCAUUUUGUUAAAGAAAACAAACUAAUUGGAAAUCUCACAUUGUAUAUACUUACACUUUUACCAUAACUACCAUAUGUAACAUAAAAUAUUUUUAAGCACCUACUUUGGUUUUUAUAAAGCACUUCGUAGAAGCUGGGCACACAGGUUUAAAGCAUGUCCUCUGUUCUUAAGGUUCUUAGAAUGGAGCGAGUGACCUUCACACACGCGCACACACACACACACACACACACACACACACACACACACAGAGUUAUCAAUAUAGACAUAAUUUCAACACCUAAUUUUAGAAUUGGAGACGGUUUGAGAGAGAUGUUAUCCAGCAAAUAAAACUGAAAAUCACACAUUCCUUCACAGAAGAGCUGGGAGAUGCUAUGUUAAUUCUCUCCUCCCCUUUUAAAAAUAUUCCCUUGGCUAUCUCUUCUUUCUGUUUCUCAUAUCAUUCCAGAAUGAAGUGGGUUCUAGAGCAAAGCAGGAAAAAGUCAAACAUUUUUCCUCUUUAUAAAUGACAGAUAUUUAUUUUGGACAUUAAUUUUAUUUUGGUAUGUUCCACCAGCUUGAUUGGAAGCACAGUGGUGGAAUUAAAAGAGAAACUUUCUUUAGACCCAUUUGAAUUGGACUUUAGGUCACUUUGUGCUACAAACUACAUUUUGGGCCUUAAGUCGUUUGAACGCUCUGGACUUCAUUUUUCUCAUCUCUAUUCAACCAUAAGUUUCAGAGUAUUUCAUUUGCUCUAGAUUGAAAUAAAAACUCUAUCCUCUUUAAGCUUUGAAUCUUACUUCUUUGGUACUCAGCGUGGGAUCCUGUUAAUUGAAUUGAUUUCAGUCACAUGGACAAACAUCAAAUACCAUGCAAAAGUGAGUUGAGUAUCUUUUACCAGUUCUCAAAGUACAUCAACUUCAGCUGCUUUUGAUAGCUAGUGACCAGUCUGUUCAAUUCAGGACUUAAAUCUCCAAAAGAUUUCUGAAAGCCUAUUUAAAGACAUGAAUAGAGCUCUAAAAUAAAGAGUAAUAUUUCUUUUGAGUAGGCAUUAUGAGGUACCAUAGUAUACUGUUAAAAACUGGAUUCUGGAGCCAGACUGCCAGGAUUUAAAUCUCGGCUCUGUAAUUUCCUAGCUGUAUAGCCUUAGGCACGUUACUUUGCCUCUCUGUGCCUCAAUUUUCUCAUCUGUGAAAUGGAGAUCAUAGUUCCUAUCUCAUAAAGUUGCUUUGAAAAUUAAAUAAACUAUUUACAGAAUAUACUUAGAAUAGGAGCUGGCCCAACCCAAGUUAUCAAUAAAUGUUAACUUUUAUAAAUUAAUAAGCACAAUUCUGACAGCACCAUUAUUUUUCAUAUAAAAGAAGACGAUAAUUUAGUUUACCUCCAUCCCUGUUAGUGAUUACUUUGCCUCCUAACUUAAUAUGUUAGCUAUACUAAUGUAACUUUAAAUAUCCUUUCCCUUUUCUACUUAAGCCACCAUGCCUUACACGGUAGAAACCCAGUGACUGCUCCACUUUUUUUCAUUUCAUACUGAAUUUGUAGAAGUCUUAUAUUUCUCCUGGUCACUUCUAUAUCCUGCUUAUGUUGAAUGCCCAGUAUCUACUCUGUACUUCAUUUUUUGUGAUUGUACUCAUUGAGUCUUACUCUUUAAUUUUAAAAUUGUGAAUUUAUACUUAUAGAUUGCCUAUGUAUUUUAAUAUGAAGAGCUAGGUUCAACAUGUAUGAAUUCUGGAUGAAAAUUGCUGAUAGACUUGAACUAGAAAUGCAGCCAUGGGCUUGAGGCCAAAAAAUAAAUUCAUAAUUAUAUUACUUAAUUACAUGGAAUCCAAACUGUUUAAUUGGUAAAAUGUGAAAGCUCUGUGGCAAUCUCUUUUUCCAAGAAAAAUGAGACUUAUUUUGGAUGAUAUUCCUUGGACGAUGUGUCAUGCAGCAUGUCAGAGUUCCUCAGUGGAGCUUGUUAAUUUGAAGAGUUGGUCCAGUGGCGCUCUCUGAUAUUUGGAAAUAUUUUUCUAAGAUUCAUCCUUCUGGUAUCUUCUCCUUUGUCUUCCCUUCUUGCCACUCUUAUAGAUUCACUUUUUGCCCAAGCCUUCAGCUUAAAUUAUGUUCAAUUAAUCUAACAGAAGAGAUAUUUGUGCUUUGUAAAUAUAAUUAGUCAUUCCCAAGUAACCGUCUACAGAAGGUUAUUUGCUAUUAAGUGCUGUUGAAUACUUCUCUGUGUUUGUGGUUUACUGGACUUGAAACUGUUUAUUUGAGAUAUUAUUUCCUGGAAUGUUCUGGUGUCAGUGGACAAAGCCUAUGACCAAUGAUGCUCCAGAAUGCUCAUUUGGCACUUGGAAAAUAAAUUACCAUCCAGCCCAAAUUCUUCCAACUGUAUCAUUUUCUGUGAAGUUAAAAUUUUGAGCUUUCAGGUCUAAAGAAAUAAGAAUUAACAGUAUUACCUGGUUUUUGGAAUGUGGGAUAUAUAAGAAACAUUUUUUCAGAAAAAUGUAAAUGAUGAGCCUCCUGAUUGUGAUUGCUACAGAGCUUGAAAGUCCAUGUCUUAGAAAAAUAUUUUAUUGGUAUGUUUCUUCAUUCACUCACUCGACAAAAAUUUGUUGUGCAUUGACUGCUGGUUCAUGUAUCAGAUGCCUUGUAUCAAAGAGGUAAGAGACAUGACUCUUUAAAGUCUUGAAGUAAGAGAGACAUUUAAUUCAAAAAUUGCAAUGAAAUUAUGGAAAGU